AUGUCGGACCCUCUGAACUAUACCGUGGGCUGGGUUUGUGCUUUAAUACCUGAAUACGUUGCUGCCCAAGAGAUUCUGGAUGAAGAGCAUAAAGAGCCAGCCUUCCUCUCACCAAAUGAUACAAAUGAAUAUACUUUAGGGAGGGUAGGCGGACAUGCCGUUGUCAUUGCUGUCUUACCUGACGGUGAAUAUGGAACAGCUUCUGCGGCCACCGUGGCCACGAACAUGCUGAACAGCUUCCCUAAUGUAAGAAUUGGCUUGAUGGUUGGCAUUGGUGGGGGUGUACCAGGCGAAAAGAACGAUAUUCGUUUGGGCGACAUUGUUGUCGGCACGACUUGUGCCAGUGAUGGCACAGCUGGUAUUUUCCAGUACGACUUUGGCAAGUCGAUCCAAGGCCAAAAGUUUCAGUAUACACGAAUCUUAAAUCAACCCCCAACCAUACUGCGUUCUGCGGUAGCCGGAAUCAGGGCACAGUACGAGAGAAAUGGGCAUCGACUGGGAGAGGCAAUCAACCAUAUUCUUAGCAAGAAACCGAGACUACGUCUGAAGUAUGAACGGCCACAGUUACAUACCGAUAGACUAUUUAAAGCCAACGUUAUCCACGAUACGCGAGGCUGUUCUCAAGCCUGCGCAGUUAAUUACUCUGGAUUAAUACAGCGGCCUAUGCGUGCUGAAGAUGAGGAUAAUCCUGCUAUCCACUACGGCCUGAUUGCCUCAGCUAAUCAGUUGAUGAAAGAUGCGUCGAUUCGUGAUAAAUUCGCAGCGGAGAGAAAUAUUCUUUGCUUUGACAUGGAAGCCGCGGGACUUCCAAAUAGCUUUCCUUGUCUAGUUAUCCGAGGCAUUUGCGACUACUCAGAUUCGCACAAAAACAAAGAGUGGCAAGGCUAUGCAGCAAUGGUCGCCGCUGCAUAUGCGAAAGAUCUCCUUCUUAGAGUUCACCCAAACAGAAUCGUGGCCGAAAAAAAGCUUCUCGACGUUUUAAGUGACCUACAUGAGGUGACAGAGGACCAUCGAAAUAUUACAGAAAGGCAGCUACAGCUACAGGAGAGCAAACUCAGCAAAGACUGGUCCGUAAAGCUAGAGGAAUGCCUUCAGUUAUUCUGUCUUGUCACAGAUACGAAAAGUGCCACUUAUGAAUGGUAUAAAGACCACGUAGGAACCCGAGUGGAAGGCACCUGUGAAUGGUUUUUGACCCACGACAACUUCAAAACGUGGUCAACCCAAGAUUCAGGACCCUUGUUAGUCUCAGCAGAUCCAGGCUGUGGGAAAUCUGUCUUGGCCAGAUAUUUGAUCGAUGAUAUAUUACCUCGGUCAUCCACAAUCUGUUACUUCUUUUUUAAAGAGCAAGAUCAGAACACAGAAUCUCAAGCACUUUGUGCCUUGCUCCACCAAUUAUUCGCACAAAAGCCAUCUCUUACCGAAUAUGCUAUGGAAAACUUUAAGAAGAACGGGAAAAAUCUAAUUAAAUCCACAAAGUGUCUCUGGAAUAUUUUUGAAAACGCCACUCGAGAUGCGAAGGCCGAAUCUGUGAUUAUUGUUCUAGAUGCCCUAGAUGAAUGCAUUGAAUCCGAUUUUGAGGACCUCAUGCAAAAUGCGAAGCUUCAAAUACAUGGUGCCCAGUCAGAUGGUAGAAAGCUCAAGUUCCUUUUCACCAGCCGCCCGUAUGAGCAGAUAACCAACAAGUUCAGGGGUCUAAUCAAAGACUUCCCCUUGAUUCGGGUACCUGGAGAGGAGGAAUCAGAGAGUAUUGGCCAUGAAGUCAGGAAGGUUAUUGAAUAUCGAGUUGAACGGCUAGCGAGCGAGAAGGGGCUCUCAGUGCUAGUCAAGAGCCAUUUGGUUGAAAAAUUACGUGAAGUACCUCACCGUACAUACCUCUGGGUAUAUCUUGUAUUUGACUACUUGCAAGUCGAACAUUUCAAAAAGACAACCAGAGGGGUCAAUUCUAUGGUUGAAAGUCUGCCGAUGAAUGUCUAUGAGGCAUAUGAGGGACUUCUCGUCAAAUCAAAGGGGCACCGCCCAAUGGUUCAUCGCGCUUUGAGCAUAAUCAUGGCAGCAAGCCGACCUCUAACACUCUCCGAAAUGAGUAUUGCAUUGAAUAUUGAUAGCACAUCAAGAUCUUUCGACGAUCUUGAUCUGGAAGAUAAGGAUGACUUUAAGCUACGCCUAAGAACUUGUUGUGGGCUGUUCAUCUCAGUCUAUCAAGAUAGAAUUCACUUUAUACACCAAACCGCACGGGAGUUUUUGCUUGCGCGUACACCACUACCUGCAGCUGUUUCUUCAGAGCCAAUCUGGCGACAUUCAAUUCACAGCCAGAAGGCUCAUCGGAUUCUUGCAGAGAUCUGUGUCUUUUAUCUUGGCCUUUUCAACGCUCCCAGCGCUCCCGCAGAUACCAGAUGCGAACCCGAACUCCGUCUCGAGAUGCAUACUUUCCUGGAUUAUUCAGCCAAAGAGUGGGGAAGUCAUUAUCUCAAAGCUUUCAUCCGCGCUGAUGACAACAUGACACCUGCUAUAUUAAGCAUCUGUGAGCCGGAUUCAAUGGCCUGCUCUGCCUGGCUGAAAAUCUACUGGGAUCAUUUAUCGUACAUGCCAACCAAAAGCUUCACCAGUGUGAUGAUAUCUUCACAUUUGGGCCUAGACGCAAUAGUUAUGACAUUGUUGAAGACAAACGCAGAAUUGGAGUCCAAAGAUACUAGAUAUGGCCGGACGCCGUUGCUAUGGGCUAUAGAGAGGGGGCAUGAGGCUGUUGCGAAUAUGCUUCUUGAGAAGGGGGCAAAUCUCGCAGUGAAGGAUACAGAAUGUGGCCAGGGACCGCUGUUGUAUGCUGUGCGAAAUGGGCACGAGUCAAUUGUGAGCUUGCUCCUUGUAAAAGAUGCAGAUAUUGAGGCAAAAGACAGUAUAUAUGGCCGAACGCCACUCUUAUGGGCUGUACACAACAGAUACGAAACUAUUACAAAUCUGCUACUGAGGAAAGGGGCAAACUUUGAAGUACAGGAUAUCAAAUAUGGCCACACCCCACUAUCCUAUGCCGCAAGAAAUGGACAUGAGAUCAUUGUGAAGUUGCUUCUAGAAAAGAGUGCCAAGCUUGAAGUAAGGGACACACUUUAUGGCCAAACACCGCUAUCGUGGGCCGCAAGGAACGGGCACAUGAUUGUUGUGAAACUGCUCCUUGAUCAUGGUGCGGAUAUCGAAGCCAGGAAUCACAAUGGCCGGACACCGCUGUCAUUAGCCGUGGAAUAUACUGAUAAUACUGUUGCUGGGUUACUAAUUGACAAUGGUGCGGACUUGGAAUCAAAGGACAGUCAUAGUGGUUGGACCCCGCUGUUAUGGGCUACAAAGAGUGGUAAUUAUGCCAUGGUGGCUCUGCUUCUCAGGAAUGGUGCAGACUUUGAGGUCAAAGACACACUAGAAGGCUGGACACCGCUGCUAUGGGCUACGAUGUAUAGCCAUAAGACGAUUGUGGAUAUCCUUCUUGAUAAUGGAGCAAAUUGCAAUACGAGGAAAUUGAAUCAGGCUGAAUGGAGAAAACUGCCGGGAACUACAUAUCUUGACAUUCAGAAAUUCAUGAAUAAUGAUAGUCUCAAUAUUGGACCAUGGGUGGAUCGUGAUGGGCGGAAACUUGAAGUGGAAGCACAGCAAAACUCGCCCGCGCAAACCUUUGAGGUAAAUUCGCGAGCUAAACUACAGCCCUGGGAGCCCUGGAGAUAG